AUGACCAACACCUCCGCCGUGACCGACAUGGCGACUGCCACAACACCACAACGCCUCAGCCUCGAACAACGCAUCCAGGCACUACCACAAGAGCUUCAAGAUGUCAUCCUCGAUUUCACCGUCGCCGUCAAGUCACCUAAUGUCAUCACGCUUACCGAGACCCACGGCAAGAAGUACAAACCUCCCUUGUGCCUACAGGUCAACCGCAAGAUCCGACGCGAGAGCGAGCAGCCGUACUACUUGCGCGCCGCCGUAACCUCGACUAAUCCCGAACUCAUUCAGAGAUUCGUGGCUAGCCUCGAACCCCACAACCGACCGAGACUGCACCGACUGCAAGUCAUUGUUGGUGGAAGCUCUAUAGAUGCACAGUGGGAAGCUCGCGACCUCCGCCACAACUUUCGGCGCAACGGCAUGGAACAAGAUAUGUCGCAGACCCUCAUCAUGGCCAAUUAUUUUGUGCCCAAGCCGGGGAUGUGGCAGUGGAAAGAGCGAUGGGUCAGUGCAUAG